GCGCUGCGUAUGACGCGGCGGCCGCCGCGGAGCUGGGGAUUAAUGGGAAAAGUUUUGGCAGGAGCCGGAGGAUCCUGCGGAGCCUGCGGGACCGCGGCGGUGGCGCGAGCGGCGGCCGGGACAGUGUUACGUGGUGUUUUGGGCAUGUACGUGGUACUCACGCAGUGGCUUCUGCUCACCGACAGAUGAGGAUAGAUGCACCAAAGAGGCUGACGGGAACUACCCUGUAGAGGUCCAUCUGCAUCCAGACCCAGAUGAUGCCAGAGCUAUGACCGGGCCUGCAGGUGUGGCGCCGAGGGGAAAUCAGCCAUGGAGCAGCCACCGGAGGAAGCCCCUGAGGUCCGGGAAGAGGAGGAGAAAGAGGAAGUGGCAGAGACACAAGGAGCCCCAGAGCUCAAUGGAGGACCAGAGCACUCGCUUCCUUCCAGCAGCUAUACAGACCUCUCCCGGAGCUCCUCGCCACCCUCCCUGCUGGACCAGCUGCAGAUGGGCUGUGACGGGGCCUCGAGUGGCAGCCUCAACAUGGAGUGCCGUGUGUGCGGGGACAAGGCCUCGGGCUUCCACUACGGUGUCCAUGCCUGCGAGGGCUGCAAGGGCUUCUUCCGCCGGACGAUGCGCAUGAAGCUGGAGUACGAGAAGUGUGAGCGGAGCUGCAAGAUCCAGAAGAAGAACCGCAACAAGUGCCAGUACUGCCGCUUCCAGAAGUGCCUGGCACUGGGCAUGUCGCACAACGCCAUCCGCUUUGGCCGGAUGCCGGAGGCCGAGAAGAGGAAGCUGGUGGCAGGGCUGACGGCAGGCGAGGGGAGUCAGCACAACCCUCAGGUGGCUGACCUGAGGGCCUUCUCCAAGCACAUCUACAGCGCCUACCUGAAAAACUUCAGCAUGACCAAAAAGAAGGCCCGAGGCAUCCUCACUGGCAAGGCCAGCCACACGGCGCCCUUUGUGAUCCACGACAUCGAGACAUUCUGGCAGGCAGAGAAGGGCCUCGUGUGGAAGCAGCUGGUGAACGGCCUGCUGCCCUACAAGGAGAUCAGCGUGCACGUCUUCUACCGCUGCCAGUACACCACGGUGGAGACCGUGCGUGAGCUCACCGAGUUCGCCAAGAGCAUCCCCAGCUUCGGCAGCCUCUUCCUCAACGACCAGGUGACCCUCCUCAAGUACGGAGUGCACGAGGCCAUCUUCGCCAUGCUGGCCUCCAUCGUCAACAAGGACGGGCUGCUGGUGGCCAACGGCACUGGUUUUGUCACCCGUGAGUUCCUGCGCAGCCUCCGCAAGCCCUUCAGUGAUAUCAUCGAGCCCAAAUUCGAGUUUGCUGUCAAGUUCAAUGCCCUGGAACUUGACGACAGUGACCUGGCUCUGUUCAUCGCCGCCAUCAUUCUGUGCGGAGACCGGCCAGGCCUCAUGAACGUGUCACAGGUGGAGGCCAUCCAGGACACCAUCCUGCGUGCCCUCGAGUUCCACCUGCACGCCAACCACCCGGACGCCCAGUACCUCUUCCCCAAGCUGCUGCAGAAGAUGGCUGACCUGCGGCAGCUGGUCACCGAGCACGCCCAGAUGAUGCAGCGGAUCAAGAAGACUGAGACGGAGACCUCGCUGCACCCCCUGCUCCAGGAAAUCUACAAGGACAUGUACUGAAGUGCACGCCCAGGGCCUCCCAGCAGGCCUCUGGGGGCCAAGAGCCAGGGGCAGAUGGACAGCGCGGGGACAGGGCUACCAUGGGACUUCCCCGUUGGCUGGCCAGCACUCCACAUGCCCGGAGCAGCCGGAGCAGCCCAGCCUCACCCCCCAUACUCCCUCCCUCUCCCUCUCCC